AUGAAGAACAGUGAAGCUAGACCUGUCGGAUCUGCUCCAUUACCAGAGGUCAAUGGAGUUGAAAAGAAAAAUCCCAACGAGUGCAAUUACAUCCAGAAUGAUAAGAGAUCACAUGGCAAAGGCCGUGGUGGAUACAUGAACCGUGACAAUUACUCGAACGGUCGAGAUAGACACUUGGCCGGCCGGAAAGGAAACCACAAUAACCGUGGUCGUGGUUCCAAUCCCGGCCGUGGCCGAGGCAGAUAUGGACGAGUUCGAGGCGAGAGUCUUAAGGACAAGAACCCGGAGGCUCAUAUGGUUCAUGAUUCCGGUUAUGAGGCUGAUAAAGAAUCUGAUGUUGCAAAUGACGACCUGAUGGACUUUGAGACUUCUGAUUGUCUCAAAGACUAA